GUAACCUCUUGAAGUAAAGUUUCCGGUAAAUAUUUUGUUAACUUACUGUCGAGAAACAUGAAAUUUUACGAGUUGAUUAUUGGUAAAAACGGUCAAUAUUUGUCAAAUACGAACAUGUUGUUACAACUGUAAUGUUUUUGAAUUAAUUUUUGAUUUUGGAGCGUGCAAUACGGUAGAAAAAAAGAAGCAAGCAACGUGCCGGCAUCUUGAAAUGUGAAGGCGUCGCGUUGAGUAUUAUUAGAAAUGGUCAUCAGUGAUAAUUAAUUUUGAUCAGAAUAGCACGGAAAUGGGGGUCCACGAUUUGCAAGUAUUUCUCGAAAGUCCUAGUUUAGAAGGAGGUGCCGUCUCUGUUGAUUUAUUAAAAAUCGCCCGGAACGUAACGCAGCGUCAACAGCCCCACAAUACGAACCGUAAAAUUAGACCUAUUGGAAACAAACUGAAACUCAUUGUAGAUGCUGAAAACUGCCUCGACCGGUUAUAUGGGGGCUAUUUUUCAGAUUGGGCUUGUGGGGGACAAUGGAAUCGCAUGAUUCAGUUCCUAUCUCUAUUAACACGUGCUAUAGAACGUGGUAACAUUGAAUUGGCUGUGGUUUUUAACGGUACGAUAGAGUCAUGUCGGAUGAACGAAUGGGUAGCGGAACAAGCAAACAACAGACAAAAAGUUGGAAUGGUCUUGAAACACAUAAAUACCAAAGCUACACCACCGCCGAAGAUCUGGUGGACGCCCCCGACGUGUCUCAGGUCCAGCCUUAGGAUGGCUCUGAGACACUUAGGAGUAACUGUGAUGUGUACCAUGGAUGACCACCACCAAGAAGUCAUAGCGUAUUGUCGGGAAUAUGGGUUCCAUGGUCUUUUAGCAGACGACGCUGAAUAUGCUGCCUUUGACCCACCGCGAUAUUUUUCAGCCGAAAAUUUAAAAUUAACAUAUAAAGGCUCUUUGGAGACUAAAGAAUUCAUGAUAAACGAACUAACUAAAUCCCUUCAAUUGACCCAAGACCAGCUUUGCGUAAUGGCAGCUCUAAUGGGCAAUUUUUUGUUAACUGAAAGCGAUUUACAAGACUUUCACAAAAAAAUCGGUAUCACAAACAUAAUUCGAGAUAACAAAUCACCAGCUGAGUUUAAUGUAAAAACCUUGGCCGAUUUUGUACGGUCGUUGCCUCCACCUUCAAAUAUGGACGCUUUAGUUAAUGCUAUGCUCGGAUAUAUUGACGAAAAACGUGCCUCUAAAUUUAGACAGUCGGUUCAGUACUAUCUCAAUGGUACGGCUAGUGGUUUUCUUAAGUAUUGUGCACCGGCAGCUACACCCAAAGACAAGAAAAAUAAUGCACAAAAUAAUAACGAGAAAGAAAAUGAUGAUUUGGAUGUCUCGGGGACCGAAUUUGCGUCAGAAACAACGGAGCAAGAGGAGGAAACUCUUCACAAUUAUAAACUAGCAACCGCGAACUUGGUUAUGUCAUCAGAGUAUACUUUGGAUCAAAACGGAACACACAACUCAAAUAAUGAUUCUUCUCAUUUUAAUGGACUUUUAAAUGGUUCCAUUCCCAACACUAAUCAGAAUUUGGCUAGCACUUCUAGCGGGACUAGAGUUAAUCUUCUAAUCAGUUCAAGCAGUUCAAACACCAGCAGUGUUCCAUCGUCGCCCAAACAUUCAGCUCAGAGUACACGUUCCACUGCUGCCUUGUCGAAUCUGGUGACGCCGAAUGUUUCCCCCGACGUCCUUCGAACGGCGUCGCUACGCCACCAGAAAGGCCUAAUGGCGUCCAUGAUUUUACACGUUUUGAGUACUCAAGAAGUGCGUCUGCCUUGUUUGAUGGAGGACGAAGGCAACCGUGAAUUUCCGCCGAUCCACGACGUGUACCAGCCGCUUCGACAGCGCGUCUAUGCAGUAUUGUUUAAUUUACACCAUUUGCGUUAUGUUCACACUAAGAAGAAAGAAUCCGGGGAGAUACCGGAAAAUUCGUCUCAACCAGAUGUCGUGGUCAAGGAAUGGAUUUACAGUCGAUCGAAUCCUUACCAAUAUCCUGAGGAAGUCAAAGCAGAACCCUUACCAUGGGCGGUGCCAACGCUUCAAAGAUUAUGGUUUGGUCCGGCUCUGGAUGAUAAAAGACGCCGAAUGAGGGCUUUGUUAUCCUGUUUGAAUUCAGAUACACCUUUGAUAUUGAAUACGGGAUACGUGCCUCAGCAUAUGUUGAUAAUGGCGUGCGUUUUGCGCUAUAUAAUGUCUCAAGAUAAACCUAUUAUGAGACGACACGAAUUGGACGCCUUUUUGUGUCAAGCUUUCAAUGUUGAUCUCAUGAAUCCUCAAUACUUGCAAGAAUUAACACUCAACGUUGUUACUAGUCGUGGAGUACAGUUGGCAGCUUUGUUUAUGCAAGGAGUUGAAAUGGCACUAUUGGCGAACGAUGCAUGUGGGGCCCCAUUACCCUGGCUUAUGUGUUGCCCUUGGUUAUAUUUCGACGGUAAACUGUUUCAUUACACGUUAAACCGGUCUGCACAUUCUAAGAAUAUAUUGGAAGUGUGCGAAAAUCAUAUCGAAAGAGUUGUUAAAGUGGAGAGAAUGAGGAAGGCCAUUUUGGAAGGCUUGGAUGUCAAGUUUGCUAAAAUGCCAUUAGCACCAUUUCCAGGGAUGCGUCCACCACCACCUCAAGGCCUCCCGACCAUGCCCUUACCCUCAAAUCGUAUCCCUGCCGGUAUGCGACCCCGUCCCAUUUCGUCUCGAGGAGGCCAAUUGCAAGUCGCUGGGGUUGUUGUGGGUUCAUGGGGUGCUAAUUACGGAUAUCAGCAAAAUAUAAGGCAGCAAGGCCCAUUAGGGGGAUAUCAGGGACGAGGGCGCGGCAUGAUGGGGCCUCCAGGACCCAGUAAUUUUAAUCAGCAGAAUAUGCCGAGAGGUAGGGGACAACAACGCAAACCUGGACCACCGACAUUCCCCGUCAAUAGGAAAAAUAACGCAAAUAAGAAGCGUAAUAAUGCGAACAAGGGCGGCAACAAGGCACAGGCGAAUCAGGAGCACACGCUCACAGUUAAAACCGAGAGCGGGUGCGUUUUACGAGACAUUCCAGCUGACGAAAUCAUCCUCAAUAGUGAUGGUGCGGUAAACACUGGAGGAAAGUCGGAAGACUGUAUGAAGAACAGCGAGCAUAAGGGUCAAGGCGAUGCUCCGAAUCUGAUUAAUUAAUUAUGAAAUGAAGUGUAUGUGUUGUGUUUUUUUAGUCGCUGGAUUUUUUUUUAUAUUUUUUUAAGUAUACUUUGUUUACGAAUUCGAAGACUUCUCGAAAGUGGAGAAGUGAAGCCUUAUAUACAGUCGAUUAAAGUGUUAAGAGACACGGUGUGGGAGACUGGAGAGUGUGAGUGUCUCGCGUUAUCAUAAGUGACUGACUGGUUUUUUAAAUCGCGUUAGCUCAACAACGAUAAUUUAGCGGUGACGGUACGUCGAAUGUAAAUUUAGGGUUGUAAGGUUGGUAGUACCGACGCCGCUCAAGCUGCGUUCAGAUGAAAAUCUGAAACGCUGACUGAUUGUUUGAGAGCAUAUGUAUAUUUUUAUAUAUUUGUUACAACUGUUAUAAUUAUAUAUUGACUGAGAGAGUGCUUUUAGCACUGCUGUGAUCAUAUUUAUGGUAUUUAUACGUUUAGAUCUGUUGUUGGAUCGCAAAAUAAGUCGUUGCGUGUGAUGGUUAACGAUUUAUUUUGUUCGAAUUGAGAGUUGGUUUUGGAUGGUUCCCAGAAAUCGUGACCUUUCGGUAUAUGCCAAUUACCAGUUAUUUGCAAACGCUCUGUAUUUGAAAAUUGACAUUAAAUCUUGUCCAUUGUUCUAAGACAACUUUAAUCAUGCAUAGACUUCAUGUAAGGAAAUUCGAUGUCAAAACCAAAUUACUUUUUCAUCGAAACGAAGUUUUUUGCUGUUUAACUCUGACUUGCGCUAUUGCUCAUGGGAGACAAUAUAGCCGAAAAUUAACUGAACGCAACUUUGAAUCCAAAUGAUUCUUAAUUUACAUCAGAAUAUUGUCAAAAGUAAACAAACUAAUCGCUAAAUUGAACAAUACUUACAAUUUUACGUAGCUGUUUAUUCAACUAUACACAUGUAGAGAAAAAAAAAAGAUUACAUAAUUUAGCUCACCAAUAAUAGACAUUGUAUUAGUAAUUUAUCCGUUCUGGAUGGAAUUAUCGUAAUGUUCAUGAAAUGUGUAAACUUUUCGUUGUAAAAUUGUUACGCUUUCUUUGCUGAUGAUGGUGUAUUAACUCCGCCGACGUUACAUUUUCCUUAAUUAUAUAUUAUUGCUUUUAGUUUCCUUGGGAUACGAUUUUUUUUUUAGUUAUUGUGUUAAAUUUAAUAAUUAUGCAAAGUUUCCCUUUUUUAAUCAUUAUAUGUACAUUCUAUGCUUAAACUAUUUAGAUAUUUGGAAAGUAUGUAGAGUAUUUACAAUUCUUUUUUUUUUUUUUCUAAUUCACAGUAACUGAUAUAUUUAACUUUAUAUAUGUGUAUAUUGGCUCUAUGGGUGAAAGGGCAUCCAUAUGAAUAAAUAUUAAAGUACCUAUAUUUAGAUAAAAUAGUAUGUGAUUUUAGAAAACUUGGGACAAUAUCACAGAAUUCUAGACUGUUUUUUUUUCGUUUCCAGGAUAAAUUUAUCAAUGUCAGAACCUACCGCUUAUUGUCUUGAUGUAACUUUCUGAAAUCACCAUAAAUUCAAAGUUUUCACUUUUUAUUGUAAUUUAUAAUUAUACAAAAUAAAAGAUUGCAAUUCGAUUUGUUUGUAACGAUUUACGCAACAAUUAACUCUUUACAAACAAUUGAAAUGCGAUUUUGAUGUGGAAGAUAUGCUGGAAAGGUACCACCAAGUAUCUGUAAGAUGCAAAUGAAAAAGUUUGAAUGAUUU